UCCAUCCUGGGGAACAGAGUGAAACCCUGUCUCAAAACAGAAUAAAGCAAAACAAAAAACCUAUUUUGAAUGGAUAUUAAACUUGUUAAAUUUGAAAUGACUGCUUGAUCAUCACAAUUUCUGUAUUUUCCUUAAUAUUGUUAGAACCAGGUAUAGUGUGUACAGCAUAAUUUGAAUCCUUGUGUGUGUGUGUGUGUGUGUGUGUGGCCGGGGGGACCUCUCAGCAGUCUACAUUAUAAACUGCAUUAUUCUUUUCUAUCCAAGAAUGCUAACUUUCCGUAUAACAUAAACAUAACAGCCUGUCAUUCUUUUUGCAGUCCCUGUAACCAGCACAGUGCCUGAUUCAUGAAUUAAAAUAAAGACCUUACUAGAAAGAUGAAACCUGAUGAAACUCCUAUGUUUGACCCAAGUCUACUCAAAGAAGUGGACUGGAGUCAGAAUACAGCUACAUUUUCUCCAGCCAUUUCCCCAACACAUCCUGGAGAAGGCUUGGUUUUGAGGCCUCUUUGUACCGCUGACUUAAAUAGAGGUUUUUUUAAGGUAUUGGGUCAGCUAACAGAGACUGGAGUUGUCAGCCCUGAACAAUUUAUGAAAUCUUUUGAGCAUAUGAAGAAAUCUGGGGAUUAUUAUGUUACAGUUGUAGAAGAUGUGACUCUAGGACAGAUUGUUGCUACAGCAACUCUGAUUAUAGAACAUAAAUUCAUCCAUUCCUGUGCUAAGAGAGGAAGAGUAGAAGAUGUUGUUGUUAGUGAUGAAUGCAGAGGAAAGCAGCUUGGCAAAUUGUUAUUAUCAACCCUUACUUUGCUAAGCAAGAAACUGAACUGUUACAAGAUUACCCUUGAAUGUCUACCACAAAAUGUUGGUUUCUAUAAAAAGUUUGGAUAUACUGUAUCUGAAGAAAACUACAUGUGUCGGAGGUUUCUAAAGUAAAAAUCUUUUAAGAAAAUUGUCAAAGGGGCUAAUGCUACAAUGGUACACUCUUUCUAGAGUUGAAACAUUUUGUUGCUGCAGCCGAGUGACCUCCAUAAAUACUGGACUGAAAAAACAUUGUAAUACUACAAGUAUAAUGACAUUUAGAAGAUUACUUUGGGCUGGUGGGACAUGCUGUGAAUUUAGAUUACAGAUGAAUAUUAUAAAGGGGAUGAUUUUUAACCAAAGGAAUAUAUUUUUAACUUGAAUCUUUUCUUGCAUUGUAUUUUUCUAAAAGUUUGGCUUCAUUUCUUGAGUAUGGGUAAUAAGGAGUUAUAUGUCUGCUAUCUGUGUUGCUCAGUUAAAAAAGUAUUCAUUGAAUAAGGCUGUUUCUUAUCACAUGCAUAAAAUUAAAUAUUUUUGUUUCAAAGAAACAUCUCAAUACACUUAGGGGUGUAUUGUUUCCCACAUAUUAAGUCAGGGUGGAUAAGUCAGUUAUUAUAACAUAGUAUAUAGUCCAACAUUCAUUGAUCUCAAUACAGGCAAACAACCUGGUCAGCCUUUUAAAGAAGUAGAAGAAAUGAAAAUUAUUUGACAAGAUUAAAACAAUUUAUAUAUUUUACUAAAAGUUUAUAUAGUACAGUCUAUGUAGAUUGAAAAGUACCACUUGUCUUUUCUGUGAAUUAUAACUACUCAUUUGUUAAAAACGCCUAAGAGCAAUUAUAGUGGGACAUCUAAGGUCCUUUUUAAACAGUGAAUUAGUAAACCUCAGCAUAUGUGUUUCUACCCUGAUUUUUUUUUUCGUGGGUAUCUGAAACCUCUCUCCUAAGUUUUUUCAAAAAUGGAGUAUCACAAAAUUGAGUGAAACACAAUACUUAAAAAUGUAUUGUACUAGAUUUGCCAAAUUCAUAAAAUGUUGAUGGAAGCUUUACUUUUUAAUGUGAUUAUAAUGGCACUAUUCUGGUCAUUAUCCUGUUUUAUUUAUUUAAAUUUUUUAAAGUUGAAGAAUUAAAUACUUUAAUGGUUCUAAUCUUUUGCAUUCCAUGUUACAUUAAACCUGUUCAUAUGAGUGGUCUUCUGUUAGAAUCACAUCUGUGCUUUUCUUGAGUCUGCUAUUGAACUAUUAGAUUACGUCAUAAUUCAUAAAAGUUUAGUUUUAUGUGCUCUUUGUAAAACGAACUUGCAAAGAAAAUACCAGUGUUUCUCACCCCACUGACUCACGCCACGUCAUCUGGAUUUUGGAUUUCCCUCCAUGCAGCCAGCUAUAGUUGGCUUUCCAAAACAACAGAAAUCCUUCACCAAGAGUGCACUACUUACCUGCUUAUGGCCUAUACAGACGAACUGAUCUGUCCUUUGUGAAACGCAACAAAGUUAUUUGUCUUUUCAGAAGUCCUACAACCUUAGCAAAGGGUAAUUAAAACCCAUGUUAAAAAUUAGCCUAGGCCGGCACAGUGGCUCACGCCUGUAAUUCCAGCACUUUGGGAGGCUGAGGCGGGCGAUCACAAGGUCAGGAGUUUGAGACCAGCCUGACCAACAUGGUGAAACCCUGUCUCUACUAAAAAAAGAAAAAUUAGCCGGGCGUGGUGGCACACGCCUGUAAUCCCAGCUACCCAGGAGGCUGAGGUGAGAGAAUCGCUUGAACCCAGGAGGCGAAGGUUGCUGUGAGCCGAGAUCACGCCACUGCGCUCCAGCCUGGCGACAGAGCGAGACUCUGUCUCAAAACAAAACAAAAAAUUAGCCUAGUUAAAGGUAAAACUAAAUGCUUUACUACCUUUCUUACCACUGAACAAUUUGAGGUAAAAUCAUUCACAAGGUUGGCACUUCAGUAAAUCCCUUUAAAUAGUGUUCCUAAGAUACCUCUUAAAUCUUCCCAUAGGAAAUACAAUUACAGGUAAGGUACACCAUACAAAAAUUGUGUCAUUGAGGACAAUGGUGAUCUGUAGUUUUAGUUAAGUAUGUUUAUGAUUUUUGAAGCCAUAUGGUGAGUAAAUGUAAAUAUGAAAAAAUGCUACAUAAAACAUUCUUAAACUUUUUUUUUUUUUUUUUUUUAACUGCUCCUUGUGGAGCAGGACUACCCCACAGGCAGUAUACCCACCAUAGCCUCUUUUUUUUUCUUUUUUUUGAGACAAGGUCUCGCUCUGUUGCCCAAGCUGGAGUGCAGGGGCACAAUCACCAUACACUGCCGCCUCAAUCUCCUGGGCUCAAGUGAUCCUUCCACCUCAGCCUCCCAUGUAGCUGGGACUACAGGUGCAUGCCACCACACCCAGCUAAUUAAAAAAAUUUUUUUUGUAGAGAUGGAGUCUCUCUCUGUUACCCAGGCUGGUCUCUAACUCCUAGGCUCAAAUGAUCCUCCCGCCUCAGCCUCCCAAAGUGCUAGGAUGACAGGUCUGAGCCACUGCACCUGGCCCACAUUUUUUAAAGAGACAGUGUCCCACUCCAUCACCCAGGCUGGAGUCCAGAGGUGUGAUCACAACUCACUGCAUCCUCCAGUUCCUGGGUUCAAGCCAUCCCUCCUGCAUCAACUUCCCCAGUAGCUGGAACUACAGGUGUGUGCCGUAACACCUGGCUUUAAUUUUUUCUGUGGGGUCUCACUAUAUUUCCCAAGCUGAUCUCGAACUCCUGGGCUCAAGUGAUCCUCUGCCUCAGUCUCCAGAGUAUCUGGGAUUACAUGUGUGGGCUACUGUGUCUGGCUGUUCACAUUUUUGAGCACUAUUUGCUUGUGAAAAGGUAUAAUGAAGUGGUAGUUGUCAUUUUUACUGUGUCUCAUGUUUUGUAUAUUUUUGUUUCAUCAACUAAGAUGUACUGUAACAUAUCUGAAAUCUGGAUAUAUUAUCAAUGGUUUGUCAUAGUUUUGUUAGCCAUACAUUGCCUUUUAGUGGUGCCUAAAAUAAUGGUGUAGUUGUGAGGUGAUCUUAGAUUUGAUGAAGCACAGUAUGCAGGUAGGCCUAAUGGAGGAAGAUGGUACUAUAAAAGCAAGAAGUAUUUUUCUUUUCGUAAUGACUUAAAGCUGUUCUAUGGAUGACCUACCCUUUCCUUUAAACAUGAUUCUCUCACUUCCAACUCCAAACUUGCUCAACUAAUCCUUAAAAAUAAACUUGAGGUGGAAUUUGAGGCUUGCCUGGA